AUGGCUGAGAAAACCCAUAGUGAAUUCGCUAGUCACCUACUGCAAAUGUGUGAAGAAAUGAGAGUGCGUCAAAACAAUCAACAAUGCUCAACUCCAUCGAGUCAAUCCCAAGGGCAAGGUGAGUUUAUUAUAAAUUAUACGCCGUGAUUAUUCUUCAACACCUAUGAUUUUAAGGAAAUGGAAUCUUUGUAUUUUAGUACUUGUAUUUUAUUCAUGUAUGCUUGAUUAUUUACAGUGCAGUGGAUAAAUGUUGGAACAAAUUUUAAUUAUAAUACAAAUAUUUGUUUUUUGUUCUAUCAGGUCAUGUUGUCCAGUCUACGCCAUCACGACUUGUUCGAAGAUCACUACUUCAUGAAGAUAUUCAUCUGUUUCCUAUUCUGGCUGACGAAUCUGAGAUUGAUAAGUAGAUUCUAGAUAGAAAUAGAACUUUCCCACACCGUUCCAAAUAUAAGCUCCCCCCGAAUAUAUUCCCCCCCCCACACAUAUUGAAUAUAAUAUAAUUUUUGUUUCUUUUCAUGUUUAUAAUUAACAAUAAAUACUUGGUUACCAAUGUUGUCCAUGUAUAAGCCCUCUAUAUAUACUGUAAGGUAUAUAAGCCUCCCCCUAUGUAUAAGGCCAUCAAAAAACACUUCCAAACCACACUGAUUUCAAUAUUCUCCACUCACUCAUUGCUCUCAAAUGAUACUAUUCAAUUACACCUAUGGUGUUUACACUUGCACUUGUUGUUUGUGACUUGACUUCUAUUGUGAUUUUCUUCUUCUGAUGGAUGUGAAUGAGUAGAUGAGUUAUCAAUGUUCUGAGUACAUAUAUACCCUCAUCUGAACAUUCAUAAUUCAUUCACUCUUUCACAUCCAUCAGAAAAAGAAAGUCGCACCUAAAAUCUCAGCAAAAAGUGGAAAAUAUAAAAAUUGUGAAGUCAUGGGAAGUAAUGAUUUAUUUAUUAGACACACCAGCAAGCUAGAAAAUUUCAAUUCAAUGCUUUUGAAAUAUACACCAAAGCGAGUUGGAUUUCAGUAAGUAAUAUGUAAUCGUAAAUAAUGUAUUUACUAAUGUAUUUGCAACACUCACUCUUUGUCUGGUGUUAGAUGAUAUGGUGACCACAUAUGGGCAUGUUGCUGUCAUUGUAGCUUAAUGGAUUUCAAAUUGAAAGUCAAGACAAUUAUGUCAAUUUAUUUAUUAAACUACAACAUUGUUUUAGGAAUGACUCAUUUAUAGCAAGAACAUUACUUGCAGCUAUUGACCACAACAGCCAUCUCUUCAGACAAGCAGCUUUGAACAGGGAUGGAAAGAAGAAAUACAACAAAGUGUACAGCAAGCGUUCAAAAAACUGGAGAGUGACGGCUGUACUAGAAGAGAAGACCUAUGACUUCUGGCUAGCUAUAACUUCUGGCAUCCUGCAGAGGAAGAUUGAUGACAAGGAUAGUAUCCUAAAAAAAGUAGAACUGUCAGCAGAGCAUCCGAAAAACAUAUGUCAUUCAAUUGCUAUGCAGCCUGUCCCAGCUACGCAAGAAAUUGUUGAUCGGGCACUAUCCAGAUUUGCGAAGCCUACAUGA